AUGGCGUCAGGAUCCAAUAGCGCCAGACGUGUCGCGUCGCUGAUGCGACCUUCUCGACUCGAUCCAGGCGUAUGCAGAAGCUGCCAGGAAUCACUCGGCCGCCGCAGUUAUGCCUCUGCUGCGACCGCGCCCACUGGCGUUGCAUCGUCUACUGCCCCGGUUUCAACUCCUUCUUCAGCCAUUGAACCUGUCUACACCAUCAACGCCGGUGUGGUCCUUUCCCGCCCUCCUCAAAUCACCCGUGACCUCGAGCCUUUUGAAAAGGCCUUCUUUUUCUAUCAAAAGCGUCUGAAUGAGCGUUUGGCGCUCCCCUUCACCAAAUACUUUUAUUUCAAGCGCGGUACGCCAGCAGACGUGGACUGGAAGAACAAGAUAAAGGAGCGCCGCACCCCAGCACGCGACGUUGGCAACUACAACGCGUAUGACAAUGAUGCCUGGAACGACGAGUUGCUUCUGGGCGCAAAGGAAUCCGAGCCCGAACAUAUGGUGGAGGCACUGGUGCACGAUGCGGAGACUACAGCCAAUGCCACUUCGCAAGACACCAGUAAGAAAGAAGAAAUCCCGAGGCCGUUCUCGCGGGUGACGGAAGCGGACAAGAAAGGCGAUCAGAGGAGUCUCAACCGACUGCUUUCACGGACUCUCUACUUGCUUGUUCAGUCCAAGGAGGGUUACUGGAAAUUCCCCAGCAUGCCAAUUGAGAAAGAAGAGACCUUGCGUGAGGCUGCCGAACGUACCCUCGCCCAAACCGCCGGUGUCAACAUGAACACAUGGAUGGUCGGCUUCCACCCAGCUGGUCAUCACGUCUACACCAACCGCAAGCCUCACGUUGACCAGGUGACCGGUGCUGUUACCCACGGCGAGAAGACUUUCUUCAUGAAGACCCGCAUCAUGGCCGGCCAAGCGGACCUCUCCAGUAGUGCGGAGAAGCUGAAGGAUUUCAAGUGGCUCUCCAAGGACGAAAUUUCAAAGUAUGUGCUGCCGCAGUACUACAGCCACAUCAAGAACAUGCUCGCCGACCGGUAA